CGAGCUGUACCGAGCCGGGGACCUCCGCCCGCCGCCGCCCCCCGCCGGGACGCGACCUCCGGGGCACCUGCCCCGCGCCCGCCUGGUGCGUCCGCGGCACAACCGGGAGCGACCCCCGGCCCCUCCCCGCUCCUGCCCCCAUUUGCGGCUCCCGGAGUCCCGGCGGCGGAGCGGGGGUUGAGAACCACGGGGCGGGAGCAGGGGUAGAGUCACCCGUGGCCCCCGCGGCGUGGGAAAGCUCUGCGGGGAGCAUGGAUGGAGCCAGGCAGGCUCCCAGCCUCGGAGGAAGAACCCCGUUAGGGGGCCUCUGAGACUUGUCCCCCGCUUAGGGGGACCGGGGCGCGUUUGGAAAACGCCAGGUUUGCCGCAGUGCCCCGCUUCGGAAGAUUUUUAGAUGCAAAACCUGAUUCUGUGGCUAGUGCUGGUUUGUGCCGAAACUGUGGCCGGCUCAAUGCACCCCAUCCCGAAGGGAUGCAGGUGGUGUGGGCAUGGUAUGGGAUGGAUCACCCCGGGCCACCUAGCUCAUGGGUUGGGGCAGGAGGAAACCAGCAAGAGCACGGGAGCUCUGCGCAGGGUGAGGAGGUGGGCUCUCUCCGGUGCCUGGGUCGGGACGCGUCGGUGGUGACCCGCUACGGAGAGGCGCCCGAGGUGGCUGGGUGCCAAGAGGUAUAGUGGGCAGGGUGGGGCGAUCCCGGUAUCGCCGCCUUUCCCGGCAAACACCUUGUCAGCAAUCACCGCUGAAACUUAAACAAACCACAAACCUGGGCGCUGGCACUGUGUGGCUGGACCCUGCAGCAGCUGUGGACGCACAGUGGUGCCAGAGGACAGGGCAGGGCAGGCUGGGUGGUCCUCUGCUCCGACGACACCGACAGCUCCUCUCUGUGCCCAGGUGUCCACCGGAGCUGCUGCAAUGGAGCUGGGGAACAUCCCACAGCCUACUUACGGCCCUGGCCUUGAGGCACCAGGGAGCAACACACCGGGGCUGCUGGCAAUGGCACACGGCUUCCUGAGGCUGGUGCAGCCCAAUCCCCUGCCCGUAGAAAUGAUUGAUUUUGGGCAGUCCCAGAUCGAAUUCAACCAGGAGGAUAUCAAGGAGCUGCUGCUGUACGAGCUGGGUUUUCUGGUCUGUGUGGCCAUUGGAGUCCUCUUCAUCAUAUUCGUGCCGCUGGUGGGAUGCUGCUUCUGCUGCUGCCGCUGCUGCGGGAACUGCGGGGGCCGCAUGUACCAGAAGCAGAAGCCAGGGAUGGGCUGCCGGCGCUGGGCGCUCUGGGUCUCCGUCCUGCUGGUCACCGCUCUCCUCCUGGCUGGUGGUGUCUGUGCCUUCAUCAGCAACGCCCGCUUCUCCCAGGCCGUGAACAGCACCUUCCCUAAUGUGAACAACACUCUGGACAACAUCCGCACCUACCUGGCCUCCAUUCCCCAGCAAGUUGAUUUUAUCAUUGACAGCAGCGACGUGCCGCUGGGCCAUGUCAACAGUAGCCUCCAGGACACUGGGCCCAACCUGGGCAGCAUGAUCACCUCACGCAUCAGGAACAGCACGGACGGGGCUCUGGGAUCUCUCCAGAGCCUCUUACAAGGGAUGGAGAAGCUGGAGGCCACCUUCUACAACAUCACCACCAGUCGCUCAGACCUUGAGGAGCUGCAGAGCAAGUUCGGGCAGCGGCUGGACAGCCUGCGGGACAGCCUCAACCAGACCCUGCAGCGCUGUGGCUCCCCCUGCAACAGCGUGUCUCUCAAUGGCCUCGCCUUCACCGCCAACUUCAGCACGAUCCCCAGCGUGCAGCAGCAGCUGGAGGCACUGCGUGAUGUCUCUCGCUCCAGCAUAGUGACUGAUUUAGAGAAGGUUAACGGAACACUGGACAUGAUCUCUGAGAAGGUGCAAGAGCAGGCCCAGGAUGUGGUGGCAAAAACACAGGACCAGCUGGGCUUCAUCAGGCAGGAGAUCAGAAGCUUGCAGGAACAGCUGCCAUUCCCGGAUGUGGAGGAGAAAGUCGGGGCCUUUGUGGGCAACACCACGUUGGUGCUGGAGGAGUACAGGGGGCCAAUCAUCGCCUGGGAUGGGCUCAGGUUGAUUGUAUGUGCCCUCCUGUGCUGCACAGUGCUGCUGGUGGUCCUCUGCAACGUUUUUGGGCUGCUACUGGGGCCCCUGGGGCUGAAGGAAGGUGUGCUGCCCACAAAGCGCAGCGGCCUCUCCAAUGCUGGCGGGAACUUCUUCAUGGCAGGGGUCGGCUUCAGCUUCAUCUUCUCCUGGCUGCUGAUGCUGGUGGUGAUGAUCAUCUUCGUGGUGGGGGGGAAUGUCUACAUGUUAUUCUGCGAGUCCUGGCGCAACCAGCAGCUCUUCCAGCUCCUGGACACUCCCGGCCUGAUCCCUGGCUUCAACCUCUCAGAGCUGCUGGGCCAGGAGGGUGACACGACAAACUUCUCAGAGAUGUACAGGCAAUGCCAGCAAGAUGCUUCUCUGUGGAAAACUCUGCACUUGGACCAGCGUGUGUCCCUGGAUGAGCUCUUGAAUAUCAACCAGUACACAGGAGAGAUCUCCAUGGCUUUCGAGGAGAUGAACAUCACCCUGAGCCUCAUCUCCCUGCUCAACCAGACACAGGAAGACAUGCUGCUGCAUGCCAGUCAGGCUGGGCAGCCCCCCGACUUCACCCUCACCCUGGAGCAGCUGGAUCAGAACAUAACCCAGGGAAGCCUCCUGGAUCUGGCCACAGAGUUGGAGCAGCUGGCAGAAAAAACGGACAUGGAUGUGAAAACGGACCUGGAAGAUGAGGCUCGUAAACUGAGGGAGAUGGACAAGGAGAUGCAGGCGAACUUCUCUGGACCACUGCAAAGCCUGAAGAAGAACAUCUACUCAGUGCAGAGCGGGGCUGCCCAGCUUGAGGGACAGACAAGAACUGCGCUGGACAAAGCCAACAAAACCGAGAAGUUCCUGGAGAGGGAGACUCCUAACAUCAUCAAGAAUGAGACGUGGGCCUACCUGGAGCAGCUGUUGCAUUUCUUUGAGACCUACAUCUCAUGGGCCAAGAGCAGGCUGACAGAAGAUGUGGCACGCUGCAAACCCGUAGCUCAGACCCUGGAUAAUGUGGAGGUCAUUGGCUGCGACUACAUCAUGGACUCUGUGAAUGCCUUCUGGUUCAGCCUGGGCUGGUGCACAUUGUUCCUGCUGCCCAGCAUCAUCCUGUCUGUCAGACUUGCCAAGUUUUACCGCCGCAUGGACAUUGCUGAUGUGUACAGGAAUGAAGAAUUUGAGAUGCCACCUGCGUUCAACUACUACAUAAUCCCCAGGCCAUCCACAAGGCAUUAGCCCCCGUCGCCCACAGAUGGAGGAAGAAAUGGAAAGGCCCCCCUGACCUGAAAAAUGUGACUAUUUAUUUUUACAGGGAGCCUGCUUCUUUUCAAGGCUGUGAUUUUUGGUGUCAAACAAUAAAUGGGAUGUUUGUGUGCACUG